CUGGCACAUGGGGCGUUUACAUGUGCGUCAGUAGGCAUGCAUACGAGCGUACAUAUGCGCCCACAUGUGUGUAUUUGCUUACGUAUGCACUGAUGCAUUCGCGUCCGAGGAGAGACCCAUUGGGCACUUACUCUCCGCGCACGGUUGAAUUGAACUCUCCCCCUCACCUGUCAAACAGCUUUCGAAAAGUAUAGAGAGUAAAAAAGGAAAAAAAAAAUUGCCCAUCGCGGUAGUUUUUUUCUCCCCACCCAUUUGGCACAACUUUGGACGUGGCGAAGAUGAUCGGUUUGCGUUUUGUCUGGGGGAAUACACGAGCGCGCGUUUUUCCUUCGUGAACUUGGGCGUCUCCCCUCUUAUAUCCUUCGUCUUUCACCCUCCACCUUUCGCCCUCCAUCAUUCGUCUUCUACCCUUCGUCUACUACAUUUCUCCUUCCACUUCCCUGCUGGUGCCGCCUCCCCCCCCUCGGUCCCGACCGCGGCGAACCAUGGUGGACUACGACGACGUCACGCACACCCUGCUGAUAGAGAAAAUAAAAAUACAGUACGAUUCGAACAGCCAGUGGAACAAGUUUUUUAAAUACAGCUUGAGGAACCCCCACUCGUUCGUCUACCCGGAGAGCACCCACUUCGCGCAAAAUGCAGACUUCGACUACUUCAGGAGCGCCCUGCAGGCGAAGGGGUACAAACUGAACAACGUGAGCCCUCUGGAUGGCGGCUACGGCGAGGACGCCCCCGAGGAGAAGUACCUGCUGGAGGUGGAAAAGCAGCAGGGGAAAAACCUGGGCAAGGAUGAAGACACCCUGAACAGGAAAAUCGUGUGCCUCUUCAAAGAGUGCAUGUACUACUUCAUGAGCUUCAGCGAUAAGGAUGGCCAAAUAUUAGACAAGCCCUCCAAGAAUCUACAAAGGAAAGAAAUAAAGGACAGCAGUGAGUAUGAGCUUUUCAAAAGUUUAAGUGAUUGCAUUGUGCAGCUGCACGAUUCUAAAGUUAUGAAGCACCAAGCGCUCAUCAUGACGAGUGACUUCUGUGGGUUGUUCACUCCAAAGCAUGUAAAGCUGACCAAAUUUUCUGAUGGGUUUUUAAAUUUUUUAAAAGAAAAUAAAAUAAAAUAUAUGGACUUAUUUUACGAGGAAAUGCAAAGAAAUGAGUUUUACAAAAAGAAGAAGGAGCAUUACGAUUAUUUGAAGAACUCCUCUUUUGUCCCGCUCACCAAGGGGGAGAUUUCCCUCGCCAAUAAGAAGAAGGUGCCCGAAAGGGGGGUCGCCAUUGGGGCAGGGCAGGCUGCGGCGAACAACCAGGGGGGGGACCCUCAGCAGGGGGAGCACCCUACGCCAAUCGGUGGAGAAGUCGGCGAAGAAGUCGGUGGAGAUGUCGACGGAGAGGCCUCCCCCCGAGGCGCCCUACUGCUUAAGGACCAGGCGACGAAGAAGAAAAAGACCAAGAAGAGAAAAAUGCAAGACGGUUCAGAUAAGGAGGAGAGCAGCGCGUGCGCACACAUGGGCGCGCUGGUGAAGGGGGAGGAAGACGCGAAUGGCGAAACGAAGGAAAACGUGGCCGACGCGAAUGGCGAAGCGCAGGGGAAGGUGGCCGACGCGAAUGGCGAAGCGCAGGGGAAGGUGGACGACGCGAAUGGCGAAGCGCAGGGGAAGGUGGACGACGCCUCGGGCAAACGACGCAGCAGCAGUGGAGCCACCCAGAAGAAGAAGAAAAAAAAGAGGAAAGAAGACGACGGGAAGAAAAAGAAAGCGAAGAAGAAGAAAAAGAUGCAGGCCGAGGAGGCGGCCACCGCGGCAGAGGAGCGCCAGCUGGAGUUGGUGCUGUACGAAAACGAAGACAUCUGCAACUACCUGAACAUAAGGAGCGAGGACCGGGCGCUGGGCCCCGCCCGCAGGGCUAGCGCGGGGGGGAUCCCAAUCGGAAACGGAAGCGGAAACGCAAACGCAAACGCAAACGAACAUACGAAUGAUAACCCGCGUGAAAGUCGAACGGAACGACAGCGGAAGAACCCCGCCCAGCAGGCCACCGCACAGCAGGCCACCGCGAAAAACGCCCGGAUCUUCCACAUGCUGAACAAGCGAGUGGCCUCCGACGAAUACAUCUACAACGAAAUCAAGGGGGACUUCAUGAAGGAAAUCAACCUGCCGAACAAUUACACCUACGAGGUGAAUGCAAUCCAAAUCUGCGAUGAAGACGUCAAGAUGUUCUACCGAGCUGUGCUCAGACACGUCAGCAAAAAAAAGGAAAAACUGAAAAUUUACUACAUCAUUACAAAUUUCCUCUUUUUCUUUUCCAAAAUGUAUAAAAACACCAUCAGCUUUGAUGACAAUGUGCAUAAGGACAUCAAUCGAAAUUUCGAUUACAAAAGUGUUAUUAUACAGGGGAAUAUGCUGCCCCAUAGUUUCUUCCUCCUCUUGAAAGCACUCCACUUGAUGAGUCUCCAUGAGCUUAUAAAAAACUUCUACCUCUCUGUGCAGUAUGACGAAAGGAAGAACAAGUGCCUUCACUUCCUCAACAUAACAGAAAAUAAAUUUUACGAAAAUUUUAAAAAAUUUGAACAAAAUAUAAAAAGUAAUUUCCCACAAGUGCAUAAAUUUUUGCAAAAUAUGAUUCCCAUUUAUAAAUUUUUGAUAGCUAAGGGGAAGGUCUAUUGCCAUUCUGAGCACUCCACCUUCUGCUUUGAAAACAGUGACCUUUUGCAGCUCACUUAUAAUAAGACUGCCUAUGACAAUAGGGGGGCCCUGCUUGUCUACGAGGGGAACAAUGAUGAUGAGGGGAGGGGCACUCAAGGGGGGGAAGCCACUAACAGGGAUGAUUCUCCCCAUGGAGGUAGCGGUUUGAACAACCCAUACGCUGCGUGCCACUACUUUGUAUACGAUUCUACGAACACGCUGAGCAUCAGCAGGGGACCCGUGCAAGCGAAAAAAGUCUACACCAUAAUUAACAACAAAGAAAUGCACAGAGUGGUGAAUGAGCUGGCCGAUCUGAAUGACAAUUACACAAAAAAUUUAAUUAGAGAGAGGAGACUUCUCUUCAUUUUAGAUUCCUACGAAAAGAAUAACCUCUUCCAAAAUGUGCUGUUCAGCGCGCCCUUCUUCGAUACCUACAUUUCCCUCGUUUUCCCCUUCUACGUGAAUAACUACGUGAAAAUAUACGAGCCUUUCGUGCACAUCCCCCUGUUCAAGCCGUCCUACCUGAACAUGCUCGCGGGCCACAUCAAACGGAAGAAGCGCGAGCGCGAGCUGAAGGAGCAGCGCGCCCAGGGGGGGCAGCACACCGUGGACAAGAUGUGCAACAACUUCUUCAGGAGCUCCCUCAACAGUAUUCUCAGCACCGCGCAUAACGAAGCAGUGGAGGGGGGAGAAGCGGAAGGAGCAGCUGCGAUGGAGGGAGCGGAUGGGGAAGCGCCCGCGGUGGACUCCACCGUAGACAACGCCGCUGCUCCCGCCGCCGUGGCGCCCCCCCUGUACACCGCGCAGACCAACGAAAGCAACAUCGUCGUGAACGAGCGCGCGGCGAGAAAAACCGAAGCCGGCGAUGUCCUCACGUGCAUAUUCGUCCUCAUCAACGCCAACCACAACGCCCCCACGGAGGAGGAAAAGAAGCUCCGGGAAAUCACCCUCCACAUCUUGAAGGCAAAAGAAAUGGAGAGCGCAAACCAAAAAACCAAGUACUCCUUCAAGUACAGAAACAGCAUUAGCGACGCCAUAACCCUAAGCGAGAUAGAAGUGCGCAAAGGCGACUUUCCCAAAAUUUUUAUCUUUGGGAUUGUACUAAGUAACGACAUAUCUGGGGGCACUCUACAAGAGGACAUUCACUGCCUCUACAGUUUGCAAAACACUUUGCGGGGCAAGUACCCCUCGCGCAGAUUCGAAUUGGAGGCCCAGGUUUUCACCUUCUACUGGGUGUACGAGGUGCACGUGUACGGCUCCAUUUUUCUGAAGGGGAGGCAGCGGAGCCAAACGCUCCGCAGGCUCGGCGAGGGCUACCGGCUGCCCUACAGCGUGCAGUGGAAGAGCCUCCCCCUGUGGGGCUACUACCUGUACAUUAUCCAAGACAGCAUCGACAGCAAGUACUCGGAGCAAACCAUCAGCACCCUGCGAGACGACCAGGGAAUAAACGUGCGGCUCUGCAGCGAAGAGUUCGACGCCCAAAUUGUGCAAAAGGAUAUUGAAGAAGUACUUCAUAUGCACGACUUGGAAUUAAAAGACAUGAAAAAUAUAAACAGAAAUAUUUUUAUGAACGUUAUCUUUUUGAUUGAAAAUGGGCACCUCACGUAUUUCAAUUUCCACAACACAGACAGCAUACAGAUAAACCAGAGGAACAACUACCUCUGCAUAAAGCUUUUCAAAUCGAAGGUAACUUUCCCCUCCUUCAGUUUGAACACGCCCCUGCUGAACGACUCCUGGCUCUCGGACGUGCUGGCCAGCGAGCAGCCCCUCCCCUUCGACGCCUACUUCUACAAGUUUUGA